AUGGUAUCUCAUAUUAGCAUAUCUGAAAAAAAUGUUGCUGCCAGCUAAAGAGAAGUAGUCGAAUCUGGAGGUGAAGAAAAUGCAAGCGAAGGUGAGGAAUUUCAAAAAGAUUAAGUUAAUGACUUCGUUGUAAAAAAUAAAUCUGAAUUUGUAUAAAUUUAAAGAAAAUUUAGCAAGAAAGAACUUCUUGAUUAGUUAGUAUAAUUUAAGGAAUAUUUGGAUGCUGCUAUUUAUUUUAAAAAUGUAAUAGGAUGA